GAGCGGCUCGCACCCCUCUGCGCUAGCGCACAUCCCGCCGCCCUCCGGGGAGGCUCGGGCGCCGGCCCCUUCCUCCCCGAGGACGUGUGCCGAGCCGAGGCGCCUGCCCUGAGGGAGGAAAAUGCUCGGGCUCCAUGGCUGCCAGUGAUGGAGCGGUCCCUGGGCUCCCGCUGCCAGUGCCGCCGCCGCGCCCCGGCCGUGCUCCGCGAGGACCCGGCGUCUCUGCGCGCCCGCCCGCGCCUCGUUGCUGGGCUCACCGUACCGGGCGCCCCGCCGCCGCCGCCGCCGCCGCCGCCCCGCUCCGAGCCUCGCCGCCCGGGCCCCAGCCGCGGCCAGCGUUUGCUCACGGAACAGCCGCCGCGAGCCCAGGGGGUUUGAAAGGCUCGCCCUCGAAGGCAGGAGCGGCCGGCGCCUUCGGCUAAGGAGGAGGAGAAG